AUGGCUGCGCAAAUUGUGAGAGACUCCAUCUCGAGUGCACCGGCUAUGCUCGUCCGGCAACACGGUCCAGCAUAUCGGACCAGUCUUCCACUACGAGCCGCCGAAGCUCCCGGAGGACGUACCGAUGAGCUCAAGGGCAACUCCAAAGUCACUGCGCCAUCGUCAGAAGGACAAGCCGAUCCUGGAAACAUGUUGCAGAGCUGGACAACCAGCCAGGCCAGCCUCGCCCACAGCUCCGGCCAAGGCUCGGCCGCCAUUGGUGCCAACCCGUGUCCUCCAUGGCUCUGUGCCCCUGAGCUGCCUGACUUGAAGCAAGUUCGCAUGCUCGUGAAUCACUACUUCCACAACGUCCAUCCGCUCCGGUGUUAUGCGUUCACCCACCGCCCUACGUUUCUACGAAGACUUGACAACGACCUGUCAUCCGCCGAUUUGAAGAACAAUGCCUUGUUACACAUCAUGUGUGCUCUAGGCGCCCAAUUCUAUGCUCUGGAAUAUAGCGACACAGUUCAGGUACUAUCUGCCAAGACUAUCCUGAUGGCUGGUUGUCACUGGGCCAGGAUGGCGCAGCGCAUUCUGUUUGACAAUCUUGACAAAGUCUCUACCGAAUAUCUAAUGACAGCGCAACUACUGUAUGAUCACGCUCUACGCAUGGCGAACUUCACUCAAGCCUUCAUGCUUGGCGGGAUCAUGGCCCGAAUGGCACAAGCCCUACAGAUAAACCUCGAGUACUCUGUCGAUCUGCUCGGCCAGUCGCCUGAAGCUGACGCCCUCUCGGUCACGACCCGCGAGUGCCGGCGACGGCUGAUGUGGAGCUGCUAUGUGACUGACGCUAUCUGUGGGAGUGGUGUCGACCAGCUCACGUUGAUCCACGAAAGAGACAUCAAGAUCCAGCUGCCAUGCAAGGAGAGGAGCUUUCUACACGAGUAUCCCUCCAUCACUAGAACGCUCCAGGGCCCAACCUUGCCAUUUGUGCCACAGGAGAGCAUCCCAGCGGACCUCGAUGAUAACGUCGGCAUAUUGGCCUAUUUUGUACAGCACAUGGAGAUACGGCGGCGAGUUUUGAGAUAUAUCAAGCACCUGGACGAGGCGAAACUGCCGUGGCUUCCCGACUCGGAGUACGCUCUGCUAGAUCAGGAGCUGCAGACCUGGUAUGAGUCUCUUCCAGACAACCUCAAGUUCACCCCCGCGGCCAUUUAUAUCCGGGAGGAGUCUUCACAACUCGGAGCCCUUUGCCUCCUGCACUGCGCAUUCCAUCAAACCCUCUGCGACCUCUAUCGGCUUGGCACGCCAGCGUUGUAUAAGCUCAGGUCGGCUUUCCAGUUUCCACUCGAACAAGGCGAGUUCCAGAAGGAGCUGCAGUGGAAGCUAUUUAAGGCUGCAAGAACUCUCGCGGCCAUAAUAGCGGAAGCGGAGAGGCACGGUCCGCAUGUAAUAGGUGACACAUGGCUGCCGACCAUUGCAUAUGAUAGCAACCGGAUCAUGCUCUACUACCUCACCCAGCUCGUUGACCCGACAGAUCUACCAAAGAAGCAACUCGUCAUCAAAACCAUUCCAUACCUGCAGAGCAACGUCAAGGCACUCAAGGCCAUGAUGGCUACCAAUGCCGUUGCUGAUGGGUUGGCUCAUGCAGCAGAAGCAAUGUUGGAGAAGCUGGGCGUUGACUCCAACAGCAUCAGGCCCUGGCCGAGCAUCGUCCUGGAUGAUCCGUACCUCGCGGUUCUGGAUCCAGCCAGGAGAACUGUCCCCGGCACGCCAGCUCAGACAGCCCCUGACUACGUCCUGAACCCGCUUUCAAUCUAUCGCAUGGCGCGAAAUGACAUUCCCGAGAGGCACGCCCCGGAAAAUACCAUCUCGCCGUCGGCGCACACGCAAAGCCCGGAGGAGGUGGCGCGCAUAGCACCGACUUUCAGAAGCACUCCCAUUGACGAAGGUCGUACCACUCCCGAUACCAGCCUCUACGAAACAGCAGAUGACUUUGAACAUAGCCUGGACAUGUUCUUCAUGCCGGAUCUCGCGUGGGACUGGCAACCGGCCGAGAUGGUGCUCGGAUCCGGGAUGGAGAGUGAAGGGCUGUUGCCCUGGGUCGGCACGUCGCAGCUCAAUGACUUCGGCUCGCUGCCUCAUCAAUUCCCUUGA